GGUAGCACCUGAAGAGUCAUGGGAAGGUCGUCCAAGGACAAGCGAGACAUCUACUACCGGAAGGCGAAGGAGGAAGGCUGGCGCGCCCGCAGCGCUUUUAAACUCAUGCAGAUAGACGAGGAGUUUAACGUCCUGUCUGGUGUACAGAAGGUCGUUGACCUUUGUGCUGCCCCAGGCAGCUGGAGUCAGGUGCUCAGCAAACGACUCAGAGGAGAAGGGAAACAGAAGAGAGAUGAUGUGAAGAUCGUAGCAGUCGACCUCCAGGCCAUGGCUCCCAUCCCAGGGGUCAUACAGAUCCAGGGGGACAUCACCAAGGUGUCCACAGCCCAGGAGAUCAUCGGUCACUUCUCGGGUGAGCAGGCUGACCUGGUGGUGUGUGACGGGGCACCUGAUGUCACUGGUCUGCAUGAUAUCGAUGAGUACAUCCAGGCACAACUUUUACUGGCUGCUCUCAACAUCACUACCCAUGUGCUGAAAAAAGAAGGUGGUUUUGUAGCAAAGAUUUUCCGAGGAAAAGACAUCACCCUGCUUUACUCCCAGCUGAAGAUUUUCUUCCCAGAUGUGACAGUAGCAAAACCUCGGAGCAGCCGCAACUCUAGCAUAGAGUCAUUUGUUGUCUGUCGAGGCUAUGCCCCACCAGAAGGAUAUGUACCUAACAUGAUGAACCCUCUACUGGACCAUCACUAUGAUGUAGACUUUAACAGCCUGGAGGGAGUGAACCGUGUGAUUGUGCCGUUCCUGGCCUGUGGAGACCUCAGUGGUUAUGAUGCAGACAUGACAUAUCCACUACAGCUUCCCGAGGGAGAGGCAUACGUCCAGCUGCCCCCCACCCAGGGGCCCAUCUCCCCAGCCUACCAGCACGCCUGCCACCUGAAACGACAUGACCAGCUCAGCAAACCUGUCUCUGGGCACAGGAGUUGGGACAGUAACGACCCAGUCAUUGAUGCAGAAAACAUUACUUACAGUAGAGGCAGUAGAGAACCAGUCACGGACAGUAGAGACACAGACACUGACACAUGUACAGAUGUAGGAGGAGCUGUCGGAGGCUACACAGACUCAGACUGAGGAAGAUGUCAUUACAACAUGAUGCACCUAACAGUACAGACAGUAACAGACAGUAAAAAAUCAGUCACAGAUGCAGCUUACAGUACAGACCCCAAGGGCAGUAGAGAACCAGUUACGGACUGUAGAGAGUCAGUCACAGACACUGACACAUGUACAGAUGUAGGAGGAGCCAUAGGAGGCCAAGCAGACUCAGACUGAGGAAGAUAUCAUUACAACAUGAUCUCACUGUCCAAGCAAUUCUUUUGAUAAACAUUUGAUGAAAUCUUCCAAUCUUUCCAAGGUCCUUUUCAAGAUUAAAGCUAUCUACCAAUCCAGGGUUAUUAGAUGCUUUUUACUAUACUAGUAUAGUGCUGAGGGCACAUUUCCAAACCAGGGCCCGGCCUGGCUGUUGCCA